CCACUGGAAUCUAAAGAUAAAGAAAUUGCCUAAAAUGGACACACUAGAUUUGCAAGAAAAACCGCAUGAGCAAACGAGGAAACACCAAAUUGGCAAUGAAGCAGAUUAUACACAAGAAAAAGGACGAUACCAAGGUGCUUUAAGACCAAUAAAAAGAAGAUCAGUUGUUAAACGCGCUUUUUCUUUGUCUAAAGAUGUAAAAAACCUAGAAAUUUAUGAAAAUGGUAACUUAGUGAUAAGGGUUUAUGAGGCCGACAUUUUAAAAGUGCCGACUGAAGGAAUAGUAAAUGCUGCUAAUGAAGAUCUUCUGCAUAUCGGAGGCAUAGCUGGGGCUAUUGCUAAGCACGCAGGGAAAAAACUCGAAGAGGAAAGCAGGAAUAUUGUGAAAGAGGAAGGCAAACUCAAAGUGUCUUCGGUCGUGUGUACAUCGGGUGGGAACCUUGACUUUACACAUGUGCUGCAUGCUGUUGGUCCGAGGUGGAGAGACUACCAACCAUUUACGGAGGCAAACGUACAAAAAUGUGCUGACGAUUUAAAACUUACAUAUCUACAGUGCUUGCGGAUGGCAGAAAGUAAACAAAUAAAAACGCUCGCUAUACCAACAAUAAGUUCAGGUAUAUUUAAAGUUCCGAAGGAUGUGUGUGCAGUGCAGUAUGCAGAGGCAAUUCUUGAAUUUGGUGACAGAACCGACGUCUUGAAAGAACUACAUGUAGUGGAUAAAGAUUCGGACAUGAUAGAUAUUGUUCAAAAAAUAUUCUAUGCUAUGUUAAUUGAAAGAAAAGCUGCGCCGAAUUGUUUAAGUAAGUUUGUUGACACACAAGUGGAACAAACAAAGAUGGGGAUACACGAUAAAGAAACAAAUACAAUGAAAAACAUGAAGAACACUGGUAGGGACAAACCUAAGGUACAUAUCAACAACGAAUCAGCUGUUGAACAGACAACCGAGGACUGUGUCAUUUGUAUGGACAAAGUAACCGAUGAGAAAAGAUUAAACUGUGGGCAUAUAUUUUGCUCGGAAUGCAUCGACGGAUACUUUCGUGUAAAAAUGGUCUGUCCAACAUGUGGAAAGGUUUGCGGUAUAGUGACCGGUGACCAACCAUCUGGUAAAAUGAGAAUCGACAAAAUCCGUCAAUCUGUAACGGGGUUUGAAGUUUGCAAAGGCAUUGCUAUAACGUACCAGUUCGGAGAUGGAAAACAAGGGCCGGCUCACCCUAAACCUGGUGACUUUUACAAAGGAAUUUCUCGUACAGCAUUUUUACCUGACAACAAGGAGGGCAGGGAGAUAUGUGCAAUGCUGAAGGUUGCUUUUGAGCGUCGCCUUGUUUUUACAAUAGGAACGUCUAGAACAACGGGACAAGAAGGUGUUAUCACUUGGAAUGACAUCCAUCAUAAGACAGACCUUAGACCUUAUACACAGUUUGGAUAUCCUGACGCUACAUAUUUACAGAGGGUAAAAGAAGAGUUGGCGGUAAAGGGUGUGACAAUUGAUGACGUGAAUGACGAUUUCAUUGAGCAAAUCAAAAACAGUUAUUUUAGACAAACUAUUUGUGUAUAGUUCAUCAGCAGGACAGAGUAUUUGCUGUAGCUAGAGUUCAUUUUGUUUCAUUUUUCUUACAUAGCAUUUUGUUUAACAUACCUGAAACACCCAAUUAACGUUUACAAAAUCAUGUUAAUAAUAUAUAUAUUUAUUGUAAAAAUGUAAAUUUCAUAUAAGUACACUCUGUAUUAUUAUAACGCAUAUAAUUUUCUAUCAUGCCCUGUAUUAUAAGAUAAUAUUUCCUUUAUAAGCUCCUAGUCAUAGAAACGUAAUAACUUGGCAGUUUGUUUCCAAUUCAAACAGAUAGAGGGUUUUAGUAAGUUCCAAUUUUGCUCUGCCAUCCGUCAAAUUUUCGUCAAAAAAGACAAUGAAAAUUUGAACAUACUGAAAAUAUUGUUUCCAAUCACAAAGAACGCUGCUAGAAUUUUCAUUAAUUUUAAUACAUGACAUGCUCGAACUUAUUUCUAUUUUAAGAAGAAAAAAGAAAUAAAUCAUAAAUAGGGGUUUAAUAAACCAUUUCUUUACUGAAAAUACUUUCAUUUGUUAAAAUAAUCUGAAUUUUACACAAACCAUGUGACCAUUAAUGAACGUACUUCAUUUAGGCAAUGAAAAGGAAUAUAUGUGACGUCAUAGCCGAGUGAUUCACGCGUCGAACUUGUAAUCUAAGGAGUACUGUCCUCGUUGGUUUAAACCCCGUCAGAUGGGUAAUACGCAAUCUCAAAUACUCGGCCCUUUCCGUCAGUCUUCGGAUAAGUACCUCGAACACAAUUGUAUAAAUACACAGAACGGAUGCGGUAUUUCGGUCUAACCUACGCUUAGAAUCUAAACAUGUUAACAAAUAGUAAUUUAAUGCUGGGAGUUGUUGACAAGUUUAUUUCCAAUAAAUGUAGUAAAAGUCCAUCAAACAACCAACCUGUUGACAUUUAGUCGAAUUUGUUUAAAGUUGAACAUCAGUGGGCAUAUUUAAAUUACAAAUUGUUGUCAGACAUAUUUUCAAGCAAAAUAGUUUCGGAACAGACAUAAGAUGUCAAGUAUAUCGUUUAACAUUAUCUCUGUUUCUGUUUACAUCUGAAACCACGUGGUAGAACUACUUUCAAUCCGUAUUGUAUAGAUAAUAGCCGAGGCAGUUCCGAAUGGGGUAAUACGUUGUUUCCUUAAGCGAAAACUUUACACUCAUUGCAAAGUACUUGUCUGUUCCAGGAACAGAUUCGAGAGUGUUUUAAUAAGCUUAUUUUAAUUCCGAUUCGUAAAGGGAACUAAGUUGCAAGUUUUGUUUGGUUAUAUGAGAUAAUGUAAUAGACAUUCGGCUAAUAAGAGAUAAUGAGAUUGCAUGAAUACUCUACAUACCGAAAAAUAUUCAUUUUAUUGCAGGCUAUAUUUUCAGUAAUACGAAUCAGAAAGGUGAAUAAAGUAGUGAUUUUUUCCAUGAAGAUUUAACUGUGCAGACUUAAUUAAAGCUGCAAAUCAAAUAGAUGUUUCAUCAUCAUCGUCGUCAUCAUCAUCAUCUCGUUAUUAUUAUUAUUAUUAAAAAUGGGAUAUA